CUUGGAAACCCUGGGGUGCUCCUCCGGGAUUCGCCUCCCCGAGCCCAGGCCCCGGUUCUGUUUUUCUGGGACCUCAGCAGCUUCUAGCCCCAGGAGGCCGAGGGACGAGCAGUGCCGCGGCGGAGGUGAUAGCCAGUGGUAGCCGAGGGCUGUCACCUCCCCAGAAGCUGCACCGAGCUGUGAGCAGGCCCUGUGAGGCCUGCUGGACCCGACCGAGGAUCUCCAGAGCCUAGGACGCGGCCGCAGGCCUCAGGGGCUCACAGUCGCUGCCGAUGGGAAGAGAACAAGCUGGCGGAUUGAUUGACAGACAGCUCGUCCUGACGCCCUCCGCAUUCUAAUGCUCGCUCAUCAGCUCUUAGCCGAGCUCCUCCUAUGGUCCAGUCCCAGGGAUACAGCAGUGAACAACAGCCAUGCGGACUUGCACCUGUAGAGUACUUUCGAACCUUGUGUACAGCACUUGAUAUCUAGUCUUAAAGUAUCGGGGUUAGAAGGGGCUGAGACAGAUCUGCGGUUCUCUUAAGAGUCUUAGAGGAUAAAAAGGUAAAAGUGGCUUUCAGACAGGAAGAAGAGAGCGUUGCAGAAGAAAGAUGUCGACGUCCGCAGGAGGAUCGAGCUCAUCCAGGACUUUGAGAUGCCAACCGUCUGCACCACGAUGCAGGUGUCCAAAGACGGGCAGUACAUCCUCGCCACUGGAACAUACAAACCUCGGGUUCGAUGUUAUGACACCUACCAGUUAUCCUUGAAGUUUGAAAGGUGUUUAGAUUCAGAAGUUGUCACCUUUGAAAUUUUAUCUGAUGAUUAUUCAAAGAUUGUCUUCUUGCAUAACGACCGGUAUAUUGAAUUUCACUCACAAUCAGGUUUUUAUUACAAAACCAGAAUACCCAAGUUUGGAAGGGAUUUCUCCUACCACUACCCGUCCUGCGACCUGUACUUUGUCGGUGCGAGUUCUGAAGUUUACAGAUUAAACCUGGAACAAGGCCGUUACCUGAACCCCUUGCAGACAGAUGCCGCGGAGAACAACGUCUGUGACAUAAAUUCCAUGCACGGCUUAUUUGCCACAGGAACAAUAGAGGGUCGAGUGGAGUGCUGGGACCCUAGAGCCCGGAGCAGAGUCGGUCUGCUGGACUGUGCCCUAAACAGCGUCACAGUGGACUCAGAGGUCAGCAGCCUGCCGACCAUCUCUGCCCUGCGGUUCAGUGGUGCCCUCACCAUGGCAGUGGGCACGUCCACCGGGCAGGUUUUAUUAUAUGACCUUCGAUCCAGUAAGCCACUGCUAGUUAAGGAUCACCAGUAUGGGCUGCCCAUCAAGUCCAUCCACUUCCAGGACGCUUUAGAUUUGAUUCUGUCAGCAGACUCUCGCAUCAUCAAAAUGUGGAAUAAGAACUCAGGGAAAAUAUUUACCUCCUUGGAGCCAGAACAUGACCUCAAUGACGUCUGCCUGUACCCCGGCUCAGGAAUGCUCCUCACUGCCAACGAGGCCCCCAAGAUGGGCAUCUAUUACGUCCCGGUCCUGGGCCCCGCGCCUCGAUGGUGCUCUUUCCUGGACAGCCUGACAGAAGAAUUAGAGGAAAAUCCAGAGAGCACGGUCUACGACGAUUACAAAUUCGUCACCAAGAAAGACCUUGAAAAUUUAGGGCUCAUGCAUCUCAUCGGCUCGCCCUUCCUGCGGGCGUACAUGCAUGGGUUUUUCAUGGACAUAAGGCUCUAUCACAAGGUAAAACUGAUGGUCAACCCAUUUGCUUAUGAAGAGUACAGGAAAGAUAAAAUUCGACAGAAGAUAGAAGAGACGCGGGCACAGCGCGUCCAGUUAAAGAAGUUGCCAAAAGUUAACAAAGAGCUGGCUCUCAAAUUAAUGGAGGAAGAAGAAGAGAAGCAGAAGUCUACAUGGAAAAGGAAAGCAAAGAGCCUUCCUAAUAUUCUCACUGAUGAUCGAUUUAAAGUUAUGUUUGAGAAUCCUGACUUCCAAGUAGAUGAAGAAAGUGAAGAAUUCAGGCUUUUGAAUCCACUUGUUUCAAAAAUUAGUGAGAAAAGGAAGAAGAAACUAAGACUCUUAGAGCAACAAGAACUUCGAGAAAAAGAGGAGGAAGAGGAGCCGGAAGGCAGGCCAAGCGACUCGGAGAGCUCUGACAGCUCGGAGGAUGAGAAGGACUGGGUGGCCGAGGUCCGGAAGCAGCGCCGACUGUUGCAGCAGGAGGAAAAGGUGCGACGGCAGGAGCAGUGCCGAGAGGACCAGCAGGCAGUCCUGAAGCCCCAGUUCUACGAGAUCAAGGCCGGGGAGGAGUUCCGAAGCUUCCGGGAGUCUGCCUCCAAGCAGAAGCUGAUGAACAAAACCCUUGAGGAUCGGUUGAAACUUGAAGCAAAAAAUGGCACAUUGGGCGUCGCCGACACCACCGUGGGCAGCAAGCAGCUGACGUUCACACUGAAGAAGUCCGAGCAGCAGAAGAAGCAGCAGGAGGCGGAGAAGCUACACCGGCUGGAGAGGAGGCAGCUGCGCCGCUCCGCUGGCCACUUGCGCUCGAGGCCCAGGAGGGGCCGCCGGUUCUUCUGAGCGCCCUCAUGGGCCAGGAGGGUGAUGCGAAGGUCGGGGACAGUGGUGCUGGGCGCUGCCGCCCCUUGCUCUGUUCUCCAGGUCACUGCUGUCUGCAACUUGCAGAAGAAUUGCCGUGGGCUGCAGGCUCUUCCCACACUGGGAACAGACUUCCGCCCUGGACCCUCUCCUUGCAGUGUCUGUGCCUUUGUGACAGAGCUCCCCAGGGGCGCCUGUCUGCCCCGGUCCCCCUCGGAUGGCCGAGGACGAUUUUGUUGACAGGCUCGCCCAUUAUGAGUUUGGGGGGGGUUAGAACUACUUUUAUACCAGCAGUAUAAAUUAAUGGUAAUAACAAUAAACGAGAAGUGGAAGCGACUGCUUAUUCUUCCAUUUGGCACGAGAUCAGAUAGGCUUUUGCUGUGGAGGUGCAAUUAGAGAGAGACUCGCUGGAGGAGACGUUUGUAAAAUAAAUACUUUCAUUUCAGCGACUUCUCUGAGAGGGACCCUUGCCUUGAGUUAGUUUGAAAGUGAGCUUCGGUUUCGGGCGUCACUUGGAGGUGCCAUGGUGAGGCCAGGUGUGCUGCCCGAGAGGCGAGGCCGGGCCAGUGGUGGUCGCCUCUCUGGGUCCUCUCCUCUCCUGCCCUCCCUGUUCCCCACAGGCAGGGACAGCAUGGGUCACUGUGCCCUCUGGGGCCCACGUGCUGGCGUUUGUCCACAGGAGUGGCUGUCCCGUGGGGCUGGCGGGCACCUGGUCACAAAGCGGGAGGGGACUCCGCCUCUCUGGUGGCUGGUGACACAGUAGAGGCCGGGCCAUAGAGCCUCACUCACCUGGGGCCCCACAGCCUCUGGGUUCCUGGCUCUGCUCCUCCUCCAGUCCCUGAAGGGCAGCCGAGCUGGGCUGGGUCUGCCAGGGUCAGACAGCUGCUGACUCCCGCUGGGUCCUCCGACCCACCCGUCCCCUAGCACAGUGUCCUUCCCUGCCCUGCUGCUUGCUGGUCUGUCCCCUGCCUGUGACCCAGGGAAGGACCCAUCUCUCCAGGGUCUGUGCCACAAGCUGCCCCUGGGGUACCCCCAUGGCCCCUGGGGCUCUGAUUCCCAGCCCUGCGGCUGAGCCAGCUCCCCGGGGCCUUUCAUUGGUGGGGUAGGGUGGCUGUGGAGACAGGAAGUGUUCAGGGACAUCGGGCCUGGCGCUGCUGCCCUCCGCACAGCGACCUCCCCAGGGGCAUCUGUGGCCACGAAGGUCUGCGACUCCUGGCCCACGAGCCUCUCUGCCACUAUACUGGGGCCAGGAGGGGUCACUGUCCCAGUGACACGGAGUCCAGAGUCCCCGCCGUCUGCCCUGGACACGGCCUGCGUGUGCUGCACACGUGCACUUUCGUCUUCUCGGUGCCUGUGAGGCAGACAUGUGCUGCACCCCAACUCAGUGCUCAUGACGAUGAUUCGUGGUGAUGCACAUUUCCCAAGAAAGCUCGCAUCGUUCUUUUGUAUACACGUCACAGUACUUGGGUAUACAAUAAACUUACUUAACUUUCUGCCUACUUGUGGUUCAAACUGAAAUCAUAGAGGACCUGAAAACCCAUUUGUACAGCAGUUGGUGGUGGUCACGCCAGUAAUCCCAGGAUGGCUGUGGCCUUAUUAAAAUUUUAAAAGGUUUUGUGAGUCCUUAGUUAAACUUGCAAUGCAUACAGAAACCUGCCAGGCUGUUUUAUUUAAUUAACUGGGUUUUGAAGUAAUUUUCAAACCUGACUUUACCUUCAUGGCCAGAGUUGCAAAGUCCAAAGUAGAGAAUGAGUUGAGGCUUGGAGGGAUGGAAUUCUGCUCAGAACUCAGAGAGGACACAAGGUACUGGAAUAAAUAAUUUGAUUAUUUCUCUGACAUCCCUAAAAUGUUUAUAUAUACAAAUUCUCGCUAUGUAGAUCCGAUUGACCUGGAAGUUAUUGUAUAGUCCAGGCUGGCCUUGAACUCUUAGCAAUCCUCUGGCCUCAGCCUCUGGACUCCUGGGAUAGCAGGUGUGUGCAACCAUGAAUGGCAGUUUUUACUCUUGAACUUAAUUUUUUGUUCACAUGUAAAUUUUUCAAAAUUAAUGCAAUAAAAACCCCAGACAUUUAA